AUGCCGCAACUGUAUGCGGUAGCUGCGGAUAGUUUGGGUUGGGCGACCCGACCGCCUUUGUCGUUGUGGCGGUCGUUUGAGCGGUACCGCGACGAAAAGGGCGAUCAGUUUCGCUGGGUCACAUCGUCAUCAAUGACCAGUGCGCCACUGACCGACCGAGCAACUGGUCGACGAGGUUCUCGGAAUUUGCGACACCCGGUACCCGGUGUCAACGUAAGUCGUGCCACUGCUAGAAGCAGCGGUAAGGCGAGCAGGCAGUUGACCCCGAAAACAGUCGAGUCGAUCGCGACGUCCGGCUUGCUCAGUCAGCUCGGCUCAGUUCAGUCUAGGAGGCAAGGCAGUGGCCGUGCUUACCGUGCUUACUUAGCUUUGCUCUGCGUUACUGGUUCGAAACGACUUAGCUCUUUGAUAAUGAGGAAUGUCAACUCAGUCAGCAUGCACCGUCCUCACGAUCCUGUGGCGUACGGGUGGUACACGUGA